UAUACACUCAAAAUAAGCUACCUGUACCCACGUGGACUCUAUCGUGGACCAAAGUGAAUGCAAUGAGAGCUAGAGCUAGAGGCAUAGAAGUAGUGACUGAGUGUUCAAUCAUGGCCAGCUGUCCCUUGGGCUGGUGGACCUCCUGACUCAGAUCCCUGCAACGAGCGAUGUACCUGUACACUCUGUGGUACCGCAAUGCCGUGCAAAGGGCAAGAAACAAAGAAAAGAAGAAAGAUGUUUCGGAGUGUGAGCUGUAUGCAGAAAAUGUCUGUGCUAGGUGGAGUGGAGGUGAUUGUGCAGCCGCUAGCUUCUCACUCGAUUCCCAUCACCAUCUUCUCUUUGUGAAGGGAACAAAAGACGGGAAGAAGAGCUGUUACCACCUCAACCAACUUAGUCUGGUAACCACUGGAAACAAGCCGAAAGAUUCGAGCAAGACAAAGAAAUACCUCAAUACAUCUGACGAGAUUGUUGGCGACCAAUGCCUGAGCUUGUACUUUGAGCCAUGGCCAUGGAAAGAGCUCAAUCUGGUUCUACCCACCCCACAAGCAGCUUCUCUCUGGAAGCAUAGCUUGCAACAACUCAAAGAUGGCUCUCUCUCGACAAUGGAUUGUGAUCCUAGCAAGGCAGCUGGUAGCAUUGAGUACUGGCUGCAAUGUCAGUACGUUGAACUGCGGAAACAGAACGGGGGCGUGGUCCAUGCAGUGAUGGCACUGGGUACUUUUGCUGGGCUCAGAUUGUGGAAGGCUUUCAAGGUGUUACAGGACCUCAUAGAACCAGAACCAGAAUUAAAGUCCCGUAUAGACAAAGAACUUCACAACAUCUCGUUCGAAGUGUUCCAGGCUCUGUAUUACACACACACGGCCAAGCAGCGCCCCGAUCUCCAGCAGAUUUACAAGGCACACUGCGCAUCAUCUGACCCUGCUUCUGCAAUUCCAGUGGUCCGUCCUCAGCCACAAGCUGUCACAAAGGCAGCUGCUUCUGGUCGCAGACGGUCGAGUAUGGGCAUGAUAAAUUUCAAAGGAUGGCAUUCUGCUUCGAAAUCCAAGCAGUCAAAAGAGAAAGAAGAAAUACACUCACCUACACAAAGGAUGAGUAAAGAAUCAUUUCUGAAAUUUCUCUCAACCUCUCAAGGGUUAAAGGUCACCGAGCCACAAGUGGAUCACAUGAUCCGUAUAUACGAUCUCAUUCCCAGCGGAGAACCUGUAACUAACAUUUCAUUAAAGGGGUUUACCCACUACAUGCUUAAUCAGGAGGCAGCACCACCUUGUAAGAAGGGUGUGGUCAACCAGGACAUGAGUAAGCCCCUUCAUGAUUACUUCAUCGCAUCGUCCCACAAUACUUAUCUCACCGGCCAUCAACUGCACGGAGAGUCGUCAGUGCGCAUGUACACUCUGGUGCUGAACUCUGGUUGUCGGUGUGUGGAACUUGACUGUUGGGAUGGUGACGGAGGAGAGCCCAUCAUCUACCACGGUCACACCCUUACCUCAAAAAUAAAAUUCAAAGAUGUUGUUGAGGCAAUCAGUGAAGACGCCUUCACAGCCUCUGCGUACCCUCUUAUUCUGUCACUGGAGAACCACUGCUCUGUACAGCAGCAGAUCAAGAUGGUUGAGUACAUAAAGGCUUCCUUUGGGGACAAGUUGCUGACUCAGCCAGUUAGAGACGACCUGAAACAGCUGCCUUCACCUGAGCAACUGAAGUACAAGGUACUGAUCAAAAACAGGAAGCUGGCCCCACCCACUUUUUCUGACGGCUCUCCUGACCCUGGAUUACCAAAGCUUGAUCAUCAAAAGUCACUGAUUAACUUCAGUCCAUUCUCAAGCCCCGGGAACUCACCUCACAUUAUUGGAGGGAGGUUCUUCUCUCGCGAUAACUCCACCCACAGUCUACCCUCUUUCCCGAUCGUUCCGUACAAUCUCUCCCCAACCCUCACAUCCACACCAUCCCCAACGCUCACGCCCACAUGCCUCACACCACCACUACCACCCUCACCAACACAGAGCAACAAUCUCAGCCCCAAACUCACCCCCGGCAACGAGGGUACUCCAAUUGGUCCCCAUUCUCCAACUACGCCCACCAUGUUCACUAUUAUUGAGGAAGCUGACUCUUGUCCUGUAGCAGUGGAGAAGUGCGAAGAAGAAGCCGAACAAAAAAAGGGUGUGAAAACCGUCAAUUACGCUAGAGAUUCCAACAAAAAUGUUAAUUUUCUGGAGAUGGAUUCAUGUGCUAAGAAAGACAUUGUUUCUGAUGGUAUGAAUGCUGUAGAGUCUUCUCCAAUGGUUUUGCCAGAGCUCAAUCGAGGAAGGAGUAGAAGAUGUGCUGUUGUGAAAGAUACUGAUGCUGAUUAUGAGGAACCGGCCAUUUUGUCUGAUACUGGGCACGUGCAGCUCAGAGGUAGAAGCAGGAGAGGAGCUGUUGUGAAAGACUCGGAUGACGAUGAUGAGGAUCCGGCUAUUUUGUCUGACAAUGGGCGCAUGCAGUGCAGCAAAGAAUCCGUUCUCUUCCAGGAGCAUUUCUACCAGAAAACAAAAGACCUAGAAAGCAGCAUUAUGGGUGUGAGAAGCUUCAAUUAUGCUCGAAGCCAGAGUUAUCCAAGCUCUAAACUAUGUGAAAGUAUGCCUAACCUUCGAUCCCACGACCCCCUCUCACGGACAACCAGUAUGGACUCUGUCAGGCUCAAUGAAUGGUUGACGAGUUAUACAGACAAAGUAACACUCAGCAAUACCUCGUUACCAACUCUCCCAAGACAAGCAUUCUCGUUGCAAGAUGAAAUUAAAAGUCACAAGCAGAGUUCUUCAAGUCUACCUAGUCACAUACAGAGAGCGUUCCCUGAAUUAACCACACCUCCAACCCGACCAAAAUCACCCCUGGUACUUCACGAGCUUCGGUCACCCAGUCUGAGUCGACAGAAUAGCGUCCAAUCACAGGAGGAGGAGGAGCUGUCAUCAUAUGCCUCUGCUGACGCGGCAAUAUUAACAAGGUCCUUGUACAGUCGUAGGCGUCGAGGAAGCCUUGGUGUGUCGAUCCUCCAAUCAAAGAGGAGCUCUCCUGGCCCUGGCUUCCCUUUUCCCUCUCCAACGGUGACAGACCACACCCCCUCUUGUCCAGACACAGCCGAGGCUAUCUUCCAGAGCAAGGACAUUGCUAAAGAACUCUCCGAUCUUGUUGUGUAUCUGGAACCAGUCAAGUUCUCUGGGUUCAAGGAAGAUGACGAUAAGAAGAGGUCGACUGAGAUGUACUCUCUGUCAGAGAAUGUGGCAAAGAAAGUGUUGAAGAAAACUCCACUCGACUUCAUCUCUUUCAACACAGGUCACAUGAGUCGUGUGUACCCAACAGCCACUCGUAUCAACUCUAGCAACUAUAACCCCACCCCCUUCUGGAUGCUCGGCUGUCAAAUGGUGGCACUCAACUAUCAAACCAACGACACUCCUCUGCAACAGUACAUGUCUGUGUUCAGUCAGAAUGGCUCCUCUGGGUAUCUGCAGAGGCCUCAGUUAUUGGUUGAGAAUUCACGGAGAUAUCUCAACGGGGAGGAACUAGUUACCACGGCAAUUACACUCACCUUAAUAUCUGGACAGAACUUGAGGGGAGCUGACCACAACCACUUACCAACUGCUGAGAUGGAAAUCCUAGGGGCACCAUAUGACUGUACCAAAGCCCGUUGUCAUGCCAACAAUGUGUCGGGUGUGUGUGCCCUGUGGUCGAGUGGUAACGUCCUCAAGGCUAACGUUGGGGCCAGGGAGAUAGCUGUGGUUAGGUUCUCUGUGUAUGCUGACAAGAACCAAGACAAUGUGUUGUACAGUCGACUGGUUCCCCUGUCCACGAUCUCCAAGGGAUACCAGCAUGUGUACUUUCCACAGCAGGAGGGAAUGCCCCUCACACCACCACCCUCGCUGCUUAUAAAUACCUUUAUUGAUGAGAGUCAAUCAUAUCCAGUGACUAACGUUGCCCCUAUAGUACACGAGUCACCUGUAGACACUACUACGUCACUAUAUGAUCACGUGAUUACCGAGGAAGAUGAUGUAAUCAGUGGCAAAGGACGUCAGAUUGAUCAUCAUACGAUCAACACAGAGGAUCACAUGAUGAGUGUGGAAGUGUGUGUCAGUGAGGUCGAGGAGCAUACAGUGUCUGUAGCUAUUUCCAAGAAUGACGUUGCGUCUGAUUUAAUACAACGAAUAAUUGAUGAAGUUGGGCUGGAAGGAGAGACAAAGGAUUACACCAUCAUUGACACAGCUAAUGAGGAUGAGGUGAUACUGGAGUCAUGUGAUGUCCUGCCUCUGGAGGGAGCCCUGAGGCUAGAGAAUGCCCAAGGCAAUGAUCAGCCAGCACUGGCAAUGGUUCCCAUACUCUACACUGACCUGCCAGGAGUGGACCACGAGCCAAUCACUCUGUUUGCUGACUCCACCACCACUGCUGGAGAGCUGUUAUCAAGUACGGUUGCUAGGCUGGGUGGGGACGUGUUAGAGGUGUGUCCACAACUCAAAGAUAGAGAGGACGAGGAGGAGAUACAAAAACAUUUCUGCUUCAUUCUAUCCGACCAAUCAAAUGAUGACGUACGUGGAGACUCGCUGGACAACGAUGCUCUAGUUCUACCUCUCUUUUUUGAACCAGGACCUUGUCUCAUGCUGAAUAUUAGAACAGAGAUCACACAGUCACCGCCUCACACCGCCCCAUCCACGUCAUCACAGCCUCACACCACCCCAUCCACGUCAUCACAGCCUUAUAGCGCCGCCCCCUCCACACAGUCACAGCUUCAUACCACAGCAUCACAAGACCUUGCAGACACACCACCUCGUCUAUCAGCCAAUAAUACCACCUCUCAAGACUCGGCCGAUCUCGAUGACCAGCAGCUGCCCGAUUCAGUGACUGGCCAUCGCAAAGAGAGGCCUCUUUCUGUUGUGUCUGUUAGUGUGGACGUGUGUGACGGGGAGAGUGUAAAAGGGAGGAGCUUCAUCUGUCACACCAGCAUGGACACCUGUCAGACAUUGCCAAGGAAUAAAGGAGAAUAUUUCACAUCUGCUAAGAUAAAGCCAGUGUCUCCGGAAGUUGCCAAACACUACAUUGAAGCGUACUACAAGAAAUUGGAAGCUCGUUUGUCUCAACUGGAUAAAAAGGAACCAUCAAAAAAGAAAUCAAAGAAAAAAGUCGCACUUCCUAAAAGAACUGUUUCGUUUAAUCAGAAUGAUCUCCAGCGAGACAAGUUAACAAGCGGCCUUCGAUCUCGUCACUCUCGACGAAUGAGUGUGGAUGUGGACUUGCUGCUCGGACAGAGCAAGGGUCUGAGUUCAAAGAGACUUCUCACAAGAACUGCUAGUGCUAGAGUGAAACACACUGAAUCACACGGCAACUAUCAGACUGACCUGGAUGCUGCUGCUACUGUCUAUUAUAAGAACCCAUCUCAAUCAUAGCUAUAUAUAGGACAUGCCUUCAACCAUAAUUGUUAAUUGUUAUUGAUGCUUUUAAUUUUUGAUGUAAACAGUCUCAGCAUAAUCAUUAAAUCUAAUGUUUGUUACUUACCUUAAA